AUGGUUGAUGGGAGCAGAAAAGAAGAUGUUGUCUUCGGCAGGAGGGGCGCCAUUACAUUUAUCCUGGGGGAAGGCACGCCCGCUUUCUCGCGUGGGCCGCUGACAGGGCCGCGGCCGUAUGGGCUACUCGCAGGUCACCAAUUGGUUAUGAAAACUGAUGACAGGAGUAUUGACCAGCACAUCCAAUGUCAGGGAAAUAAGCAGAUCCCCGUCUAUGUUAUACCUGGCGGUCGGGUUAAUAUGAAUACUCAGUAG